CCGCGCCGCGCUCCCCUCCUCCCUCCUCGCAUCCCCGGCCCCGCGCGCGCCCAGCAGAAGCGGGUCUGUGUGUGCGUGCGUGCGAGUGAGUGAGUGUGUGCAUAUUUUUUUCUCUCUUUUCUUUCUCUCACACUGUUUUUUCUCUCUCGCGCUCUCUCUCUUUUUUUUUUUUUUGCAAAGAAACAGCAGCGCCGCCGCCGCUCCGCCGAGGCGCUGCGCCCCCCGGGGGGGGAGGCGGAGGAGGCGGGCAGCGGCAGAGGGAGGGGAGCCGGGGAGGGGGGCGCCGCGCUGGGAGGGAGGCAGCGCGCACGGUGCAGCCGGGCCGGGCGGGAGGCAUGGCGGGGCCCCCGGCCCUACCCCCGCCGGAGACGGCGGCGGCCGCCACCACGGCGGCCGCUGCCUCGUCGUCCGCUGCUUCCCCCCACUACCAAGAGUGGAUCCUGGACACCAUCGACUCGCUGCGCUCGCGCAAGGCGCGGCCGGACCUGGAGCGCAUCUGCCGGAUGGUGCGGCGGCGGCACGGCCCGGAGCCGGAGCGCACGCGCGCCGAGCUCGAGAAACUGAUCCAGCAGCGCGCCGUGCUCCGGGUCACGCCGGCCGCCAGCGCCCGCGCGUCGCGGAGCAAGAGAGGUGGCGAAGAGCGAGUGCUUGAGCAGGAAGAGGAGGAGGAAGAUGAUGAAGAUGAAGAGGAUGAGGACCCUGUGUCCGAGGGCUCCGAGGUGCCGGAGGGUGACCGUCCAGCGGGUGCCCAGCACCACCAGCUUAAUGGCGAGAGGGGCCCUCAGAGUGCCAAGGAGAGGAUCAAGGAGUGGACACCCUGUGGACCCCACCAGGGCCAGGAUGAAGGGCGGGGGCCGGCGCCGGGCAGCGGCACCCGCCAGGUGUUCUCCAUGGCGGCCAUGAGUAAGGAAGGGGGAUCAGCCUCUGCUGCCACUGGGCCAGACUCCCCAUCUCCUGUGCCUUUGCCCCCAGGAAAACCAGCCCUACCUGGGGCUGAUGGGACCCCCUUUGGCUGUCCUUCCGGGCGCAAGGAGAAGCCGGCUGACCCCGUGGAGUGGACGGUGAUGGAUGUGGUCGAGUACUUCACGGAGGCCGGCUUCCCCGAGCAGGCAACAGCUUUCCAAGAGCAGGAGAUCGACGGCAAGUCUCUGCUGCUCAUGCAGCGCACAGACGUGCUCACUGGCUUGUCCAUCCGCCUGGGCCCCGCCCUGAAGAUCUACGAGCACCACAUCAAGGUGCUGCAGCAAGGCCACUUUGAGGAGGACGACCCCGACGGCUUUCUAGGCUGAGCGCGGGCCUCACCCUGCCCCACCCAUUCCAGCCCCCCUCCCCCCCAGACCCCAAGUCCGGGAACUGGACGGGGAUACCCUCAGCCCUCAUAACAGAUGCCGGUGAGGGGCAUUUCUGCCUACCCAUCUCUUCCCUGUAUCUUCCCGACACACAUCUGGCCCCCAGCACAUCCCGUCCUCCAGGAUAGAGGAGUGUGGGGUGGGACAGGGCUGUGUGUUUUACCC